GUUAAUAACUAUUUUGGAAAGAAGUGCAAGCUAUCUUAUGGUUUAUUUUCUUUCAACCUCUUCAACACCUAUUUCCCUCUCUCACAAUAAUCAUGGGGUUAGUCUGUAUUGCAAUGAAGAUACCAAAAUCCAUAAACACUAGAUUUUUACUAGGCAUGCUGGACCAUAUAAAGUUCAUUGUUAUGGUGGCACUCACACGUCUAGGUCUGCUCAAACCGCCGGAACAAGCAGCUGAGACUGAAGAACAUUCCACUAGUUAUGUUCUUGUAAUGGAUGGUUUAACUCCAUCACUAAUCGCAGUCGACAGUCUAAUGGGGUUGAUCAAGAAGAUGGUUCCUGUGAUAGAAUAUAGUGUUUUUGUUGAAAGACAUAGAGCAGUGACUGAUGAUGAAGACGUGGAUAUGGAAAUGGAAUGUUCUGUCUGCUUGAAUUGCGUGGAGAGAAGCCAUGAGAUCAGAGAGCUUUGUAAUUGCUACCAUGUGUUUCACAAGGAGUGCCUGGAUAGAUGGGUGGAUGAGGGUCAGGUGACCUGCCCUUUGUGCAGAACUCUACUGUUUCCAGCAAAGACAGAAAGGAUAAUUUAGAUGUUAUAAGAGAUAUCAAGGUAGCAUAUUUGUUUGGUUAGAAGUAUGAGACGGGAGCUAGUGGGUUCACAAAUCUCAUCUUCAGGCAUCAAUGAUUCUAUAUCACUUAUCUGAACUUUUUGAAUUGGCUCCAGAUUGUCAAAAGACAUGAUGAAUAUGAUGUGUAAAAAACAAAAAAUUAUGAAAAUCACCGUACACAAUUCUGAUUAUGAUGUGUAAGGAGUGUAUACUAUUUUGAGUGUGUAACAAUAUACUUUUCUAAAGUUACUAUGCUUCACAUUGUCUCUAGGGCAGUGAUUAUCACAAAUCUGUCCAGAUUCAUUGUCAUUGUUUUCGUUUGUUAUGGAUAUUUGUGUAAAAAUUGUGGA